CAUAUCAUGCUAAAGAAGACCAUUCGGUUGACGACGGACUGAUGGAGCUGCAUUGCCACUAGUACAGUAAUACAACUAACACCAGCAGACGUCGCCUCAACUAACAUUUGAAACAAAAGCUUCUACGGCAGGGGCAGAAAAAGCGCCCUUGGCAUUGAUGUGUCCUACUGUUUUGAAUGUACUCAAAGAUAAGGUUGGCAUGUUCAAGACCAUGAACUUCGUAUACCUCUUUGUGUUGUUUUUGCUGAUUGCAUUCAGUUGUAAGGUUCUCGGUUCGACGAAUAGUAGUGAUGCCAUUUUGUUAGGGCCAACAACAAUACCGCCCAUGAAGAUCCACUCAACGAUGUCGCGAGAGCCAACCACGACGAUCAAGCCAACGACAAAAGUUGUGCGUACAACAUCAAAUGAACCCAUCACAACACAAUCUUUUAAAACAACAACUCAACCCAUUACUUCUGAUUUCAAGACAGCUAUGGUGGCCACGCUUACAACACAACAAAAACCAACUGAAAUAACACAGUUUCAGUCCAAUACAACACAGACCCAGCCUGUCACAACUUCUGUCACUCAGCCCAAUGCAACACGGACCCAGCCUGUCACAACCUCUGUCACUCAGCCCAAUGCAACACGGACCCACCCUGCCACGACUUCUGUCACAACGCAGACCACAAAGCCGGCCCAGCUAUCAACAACUGCAAAUUCUGUCAAAACAGCCAAUCGCGGCAUAACACAGCUGCAACAGACUGCAGCGUCAACUCACUCCUCUACUGCAGCCGCCAAGACUGUCACAAAUCAAAUAGCAAGCUUGCCCCAGCCUGCAGCUCGGUCGACAACACUAUCCCAGCUUUUAACAACAUUUACACAACCUCUCACAACAGCAAAGCUUACCACAAAAGAAUUGGAACAAACCACGUUGGCUCGGCCUACUAUUACACCAGCUCGGCCUGGCGUAACUCCAACCAAAUCUAUCACAGCAUUGGUCCCGCCUGUAAUGCAUACCCAAGUGAUUACAAUGCAGACGAAGGCCGAGCCAGUCACAAUAAAGACCAUAUCGGCUGUCCAGUCUAUUACAUCGCUCUCCACCAAGUCUCACACUACGCAGGCCCGGUCGGUAACAACACCAUCCCAGCUUGGCACAACGGCAUCCAGGGCCUCUAAGAAACAGACCUCUACAACCCAAAUUUCCACAACCGAGUAUGAUGAGAGCGAUACUUCUACCACAGUUACCGGGGGAGAGAUUGCAGGCAAUUCAUCUUCGGAGGCGACAGACGGUAUUAAGACUAUCACUUUGGCACUAGUCGUGCCAGCACUCAGCCUUAUACUGAUUAUGGUUGUUACUGCGCUAUGCUUGGCCAGGCUGUUCCAACUGCAACCUCUGCGUUCAGUCUGCCGUGGGUGUUUUCAAACAAGCGUAAUUUGCAUUAACUCGUCACUCUUGGAAACUAGAGAAUGUCUUCUCAACCAGUACAAAAUCAUAUGUCAGCUGUGACAGGAAUAUGGAAAAAAUUGGACCCCUAAUUAACAGAGUGACCUUUUGCAAAGUGGAAAUUAAUUGCAACACGAUGGGAAAAGUGCUACAAUAUGCAAUGAUGUUCACGUCACAGUUAUUCCUUGGGGGAUCAUGUGACACAGCGUUAAAAUAAUUGUAUUAACGUUAUCACCGGGUUGCUGGGCCACUAGAAAUUAUUUUUAAUCUCAUGGAGUGCUUACAACUAUAUUGUACCCAGGCGUUCAAAUCAUUCGGGAUUUUUAAUACUUUUAAUGGUUUUCAGGUUUUCGGUUUGGGUAUUAUGUAUCCAACGUUUAUAUAUAUAUUUCGUAGAAAUUUUCACAGACAGCAUCACUCACUCAUUAUAAGUUGAUUUAUUACAUGCACAUUCGACGCUUCAAAAAUCGCUUUCUCACAUUAAAGGUUUACCCCUCUGUACCUUAAUAUUUCUUUUAUGAAUAAUAAUCGAUCUAAUAAUAAUUGACCCAUUUUCAAAGUUGCAUCUUCCCCCAUCUCAUUCUUGUCAAAGGAAAUAUGUCUCUUUUUUAUAGUUCUAACGUCAUUAUAUUUGUUUGGUACCGGUAUAUGCCCUUGAUAGACUCAUUUAUGACACUCGAAACAAAAAUGAAAAUCUUGUGGGGGUUAUCUCCUUUGAAAGAAAUCUAGACAUAAAAUAUGUUGCAAUUAGAUUUGACUGCAUUUUUCAUAUCAAACUUAGAGUGGUAUGUCAAAGUUAUUGCACAACCCCAUUCUACCAUUGAAAGAACACAACCUAAAACACAUGUCUGUAUUAGUCUUUGAAUUUGGUAUGGAUCAGUAACUUCAGCACUUCUAAUUUCCGAAUUCAUUAUUCCGAGAAAAAAAGGGUGCUUCAGUUGCCAAACCCAAGAAUUGAAAACAGUGGGCAAAUGACACGUCGUAUCGGCUCCGUGCCUUCCGAGCAAUGACCAAGGAGAUCGAGAACGGGACGCUCCAGUUCGUGACUGUCAUGCACGCACACGGGGCUCUCACUGGAGGCCUGGAGGAGAAAAAAACGGGACACUCGCGUUGCUUCUCAUUAACUUCCGGUUCCAUGCCGGUACUACCUUAGCCUUUCGUCAAGGCCUUCGCGGCUGUGUUUGUGUAACUGUAAAGCGGCUGGAUGGGAGACCACAUGCACGAGUGGCGCCACUUGCCUGCUCUCGUGUCCAGUCGCUUUGCAGGUACACACACACACACCCAUCCUUACACAGCUAUACUUGUGGGGUAUUUCCUUUGUUCU